GGAGACAGCAGCAGCUGCAGGGUUCGGCAGAGCGGACCGCCUGGAGCCAGAACCAGAUCUCUCCACGCUUUAAUUAUUUUAUUGUACUUUUAUUUUGCAUUAAAACCCAGGAUGACCCGCGCCGCACUGAGCGCGGUUCUGGUUGCGCUCUGCGUAAUUGGCGCGGUCCAUGGCGCACCGAAGAAGGGCAAAAGACAGAGCGGGCAGUACCAGGUGUACCCGAACCUUCAAGACCCGGCUUUCAGUCCAGUGAGCUGUGAGGAGAACGGGCAGACCUACAGGCAGAACCAGCAGUGGGAGAAGCAGUACCGGGGCAACACCUUGGUCUGCACCUGCAACGGAGCCGCAGGGAUCAACUGUAAAACUAAACCAGAGGACGAGACGUGCUACGAUAAGGACAAUGUCCAGACAUACCGGGUCGGCGACACCUACGAGAGACCAAAGGAGGGGUUGAUGUGGGACUGCACCUGUAUCGGAGCUGGAAAGAUCUCCUGCACCAUCGCAAAUCGUUGCCACGACAACGGGAGGUCCUUCAAAAUCGGCGACACGUGGCAGAAGCCUCACGAGAARGGAGAAUCCAUGCUGGAGUGCAUCUGUCUAGGAAACAACAAAGGGGAGUGGACCUGCAAGCCUGUAGCUGAACGUUGCUAUGACAACUACGCCGCAACGUCGUUUGUCGUCGGGGAUACCUGGGAGAGACCGUACCAAGGCUGGAUGAUGCUGGACUGCACCUGCUUAGGAGGAGGAAACGGACACGUCAAAUGUACCUCCAGAAACCGCUGCAACGACCCGGUGACCCGGAGGUCUUACAGUAUUGGACAAACGUGGGCCAAACAAGACUCCAGGGGGAACUCCAUGCAGUGCGUGUGUCUGGGAAACGGCCGCGGAGAGUCCAGCUGCCACGCCGAGGGUCGAACCCAGCCCCUGCUGCAUCAGGUGCCCGCCGCCGAGGGAACCUGCCAGACGGACUCUGGAGCCACCUACUACGACGGGCAGCGCUGGAUCAGGAGGCAGGGCAGCAAGCAGAUGCUGUGCACCUGCCUGGGUAACGGGGUCAAGUGUCAGGAGUGGGAGGCCCAGAGCCACGUGUACGGGGGUAACUCCAACGGCCAGCCCUGUGUCUUCCCGUUCGUCUUCCUGGGGAAGACGUACUACUCCUGCACGUCGGACGGACGCAGCGACGGCCAGCUUUGGUGCUCCACGACCUCGAACUACGAGCAGGACCAGCAGUACUCCUUCUGCACAGAAAGAUACGCCAGCGUCGUGACCCGCGGUGGAAACUCCAACAACGCCCUCUGCCACUUCCCCUUCCUCUUCAGCGGUCAGAACUAUACCGAGUGCACCCCCGACGGGCGCCGCGACGGCAUGAGGUGGUGCAGCACCACGCACAACUACGAUGUAGACCAGCGCUACGGGUUCUGUCCGAUGGCUGCCCAUGAAGAGGUCUGCACCACCAGCGAGGGAGUGAUGCAUCGCGUGGGGGACAAGUGGGAGAAACGCCACGCCAUGGGUCACAUGAUGGAGUGCACAUGUGAGGGGAACGGGCGCGGCGAGUGGAACUGUGUUCCGUACGCAACUCAGCAAGAUCGCUGCCUUGUUGAUGGUCUGUACUAUGAAGUCAACCAGGAAUUCACCAAGCGCCACACGGAGGGACACAUGAUGAACUGCACCUGCUUUGGAGAGGGACGUGGACGCUGGAAAUGUGACCCGAUCGAUCAGUGUCAGGAGCCACAGAACAGGGUCUUCUAUCAGAUCGGAGAGCAGUGGGACAAAGUUUACAACGGGAUCCAGUACCGAUGCUAUUGCUACGGCAAUGGGAAUGGAGAGAUGAGAUGUGAACCUCUGCAGACCUACCCUGGCGGCUCCAGACCGGUCCAGGUGAUCAUCACAGAGGCGGGAAAACAGCCAGACUCUCGCCCCAUCCAGUGGAACGCUCCGACAUCCACCCACGUUUCACAGUACAUCCUCAAAUGGAGACUCAAAAGCAGUCACUCUCCUUGGAGAGAGGUCAUCAUCCCCGGACACCUGAGCUCCUACACCAUCAGUGGACUGCGCCCCGGGGUCACCUACGAGGGUCAGCUGAUCAGCAUUCUGCACUUCGGACGCCGUGAGGUCACGCGCUUCGAUUUCACCACCGCCCAAGGCUCCCUGGAGACGUGGGAAGGAGAGAUGACCGCACAGCCCACCGCCCCUCCACCGCACGUAGAGAUGUUCCAGCCGGUGACAGAAAUCACCUCCAACAGCUUUGUCGUGUCCUGGAACUCGGCUACUUCGACCAUCACCGGCUUCAGACUGGAGUACGAGCUCAUCGAGGAGGGGGCCAAACAGAACGUCCUGGAAAUUCCUCGCACCACCACCUCUGUCACCAUCAGUGACCUGCUGCCUGGACGCAGAUAUAACGUCAGUGUUUACGAGCUGCCGGAGGCCGGACAACCGAACCUGAUCCUGACCACCUCACAGACCACAGCUCCUGAUUCACCGACUCUGCACCCUGCGGAUGAGAUCCAGGAGASCUCCAUCAGAAUCAGCUGGACCAGACCUCAGGCUCCGAUUACCGGGUACCGUGUGGUGUACGCGCCGUCAGAGGAAGGCAGCAGCACCGAGCUCAUCCUGCCRGACUCGGAGACUUCGGUGACCCUGGUGGACCUCCACCCCGGUUUGCUCUACAACGUCAGCAUCUACGCCGUGGAGGAGAACCUGGAGAGCGAGCCCGUCUCUGUGCAGGUCCACACCGCCGGAUCUCCAAAACAAGAGGAGAUCCCGUCCCCAACAGACCUGCAGUUCUACGAGGUCUCAGAUGUGAAGAUCACCAUUACGUGGACCGGUCCACCCACCGAGGUCACCGGUUACAGGGUGGUCUUCACCCCGAUGGGUCAAGACGGCUCCGAGCUCCGCCCCCUGCAGCUUCCCGUCUCACACAACGCAUACGCCGAGUUCGCCCAACUGCAGCCCGGCACGCUCUACCGCUUCUACAUCUACGCCUUGAGAGGCGACGCCGAGAGCCGGCCGCUGGUUGGAGAGAAGUCCACCAAACCCGACGCUCCCACAGACGUGCGUUUCAUCGACAUCAAACCGAACAGCGCGCAGAUGAUCUGGGAGUCUCCUCGGGCCAGCGUUUCCGGUUUUCGCCUCUUCCUGAGCGUCGAGGGCUCCAGCCCCAUCGAGAAGAGGAUCCCCGGCAGGGCCACCCAGUACCCGUUGCUGAAUCUGCGCCCCGACACCCAGUACACCGCCACCCUGCACACCGAGCAGGACAACGUGCUCAGCGAGGGCUUCACCACGUAUUUCACCACCGCUCCUCAGAUCGGAAAUGCCCCUCCUUUCAGCACCGAGGUCACCGACACUGCCAUCAUUGUCACCUGGAUGCCUGUCCGCAAGUUCAGCUACAAGCUUUCUGUGCUCCCGAGUGAAGAGGGCGAAUCUCCCAGAGAGGAGACCUCGGACUCCGGACGGAUCCACAUCAGCGGCCUGAACCCUGGGACUCAGUACACCUACAGCGUUCAGCCCAUUUACAACAACCGCAACCGUGGAAACCCCAUCACCCGCAACGUCGUCACCUCUUUGUCUCCUCCCACUGACCUCAGAGUGGUGUCCAACCCGGACACAGGAGAUCUAACGGUUUACUGGGCGGCCUCCAAAACACAAGGAAUCUCGGGCUACAGAGUGACGAGCACGCCGACCAUGGGUCACAGGGGAAAUUUCCUGGAGGAGUUUGUCCGUGAGGAUCAGACCUCCUGCACGCUGGAGAACCUGAACCUGGGUGUGGAGUACAACYUCAGCGUGUUUACCACCAAGGGUCGCGUGGAAAGCCCACCGGUGUCCACGCUCGUCACGCCAGUCAUGCCGGCUCCAAGCAACCUGCAGUUCAGCGGCGUCGGUCCCGACCACAUCAGGGUGACGUGGACGAUCCCCAACAUCGCCACGCCCAGUCAGAUUUCCCGAUUCGUGAUUCGUUAUCACCCCGUGGCCACGGACGACGACGUCCGGGAAGUUAAUGUGGGCGGAGCCACCAACACCUUCCUGCUGCAGAACCUGCAGCCCGACACAAAGUACCGGAUCAGUGUCGUCAGCGUUUACGACGAUCAGGAAAGUCGACCGGUCACAGGAACUCAGAGCACAGUUCUGGACUCGCCGACCGAACUGAGGUUCUCGGACAUCCGGACCAACUCCUUCACGGUCCACUGGCUGCCCCCGAGGGCCUCCGUCAGCGGCUACAAGAUCCGCUACCAGAAGACCAGCGGCGGGCGAGCCAAGGAGGAGCGCCUCCCACCCACCAGGAACCACUUCACCGUGACGGGACUGGCGCCGGAGGCCGAGUACAUGGUUUACGUGUUCGCCAUCAGCAACGGGCAGGAGAGUCAGGCGCUGACCGGAACCCAGGCCACCAUCUCCGACGCUCCCACUGACCUGACUGUGACGUCCUCCACCCCCACCACCAUCACCAUCCGCUGGGACGCCCCCUCUGUUGAAGUGAGGAACUACAGGAUCACCUACGGAGGGACAGGAGGAGAAUCUCCUCAGGAYUUCUCCAUUCCCGGUACCCAGACCUCGGCCACCAUUACGGGGCUGCGCCCUGGUAUCGACUACACCAUCACCGUCUAUGCCGUCACRGCCAGAGGAGACAGCCCGGCCUCCAAUAAACCCGUCUACAUAACACACAGGACCGACACYGAGGCUCCAACUGACAUGAAAGUCACAGAUGUGAAGGACAACGCUCUCACGGUGCGCUGGUCUCCAGCUCAGGGACCAGUCAGAGGCUACAGAGUCACAAGUGUCCCCAGAAACGGCCUGGGACCCUCCUACUCKGAGGUGGUGGCCCCCGAUCAGACAGAGAUGACGUUCACGGGUCUGAUGCCCACCGUAGAGUACGUGGUGAGCGUUUAUGCCCUGGGCAARGAUGGACAGCCGUCCUCUCCUGUGGUGGAGAACGCCAUCACUGCGAUGGACCAUCCUAAAGAUCUGAGCUUCUCUGACAUCGACUCCACGUCCAUGCGCAUCACGUGGGACAGUCCGGACGGGACGGUGACGGGGUACCGCGUCCUGUACUCCAGCUCCGAGGAGGGCGAGCGGGAGCUGCGUCCGGCGCCCAGACGGGACCAGGACAGCGCUGUGCUGAGGAACCUCCAGCCUGGGACCGAGUACACCGUGAAGGUCAUCGCCUACAACGGACGGACACCCAGCGCACCGUUAGUGGGAACCCAGGCCACUGUAAUCCCCGCCCCCACCGACAUGUUGGUCUCAGACCUCGGCCCGUCUGUCUUCACCGUCUCGUGGCGAGCACCGUAUGCACGCCUGACAGGGUACCGAGUGGUCGUUACCCCCAAAAACAUCAACAGCCCUCACAAAGAACUGAACAUCGGUCCGGACUCCACCCGGGUCGUUGUACCGGGGCUGAUGGUGGCGACGACCUAUCAGAUCCAGGUCUACGCCCUGAAGAACACCGUCACCAGCAAACCACUGGAGGGAGAAGCGACCACACUGGAAGAGGUGAGUCCUCCACGGCGCGUUCGUAUCAUAGACCUGAAGGACACGUCCUUCACUCUGACCUGGAGGGCCAAGUUAGAACCCAUCACAAGUUACCUCAUCGAAGCCAAGCCCAUGAGCGGCUCGCGCUCCCCCAUCAGCAGGACCAUCCCCGGAGAUAAGACCACCUACACCCUCACAGGCCUUCAGCCGGGCACCACCUACUCCGUCAGCCUGUACACGCUGAACGGAAACACGAAGAGCGCUCCGUUCACACUCAGGGUGGACACAGCGAGACCUGUGGUCCAGGCUCCCACCAACCUCCAGUUCACCUCCGUGAUGCCCACCUCRGUCUCCUUCACCUGGCAGCCCCCCUCUACGCACAUCACAGGAUAUUACAUCACCUACGAGGAGUCUGGAAGAACGCCGCAGGAGCUGACCCCCCAACCCCACGCUGGACAGAACUACGCCACCAUAAUGGGACUGAAACCCACCACAGAUUACAUKAUCAGAAUCAUCGCCAUCCAGAACACACAGAGGAGCCCGCCUCUGGUGGGCAGGAUCAGGACUCAGCCAGACUCCGCGCUUCCCCAGCCUCUGCCGCUGCCCCACCGCCCCGGAGGCAACAAGCCAGAUGUGCCUGAAACUGACUUGAACAACAGAAUCCACUUAGCGGGCCCCAACCAGGACGGGGUCGGUGGUCAGAGCCAACAUGUGGAGUACACRGAGUACAACAAUGGAGGCAACCCGCAAAGUCCUAAUGAGCAAGUCCGUGAGCCCCUGGUCUUUGUCCCCAUUCCUGAUGCAGAGGGCCGCAGACGCCCCGUCCUGAAGCUUCGACUGCCCGUCGGAUCAUCAGUUUUUAACGAGACCGGAGUUCCUCUGGAGGCCCAGACUCAAACCAGCAUCUCCUGGAAGCCUUACAGUCAGAGCAGCGCCUACGAGCUUUCCUGUUACCCGCUCACACACGGCAACGAGAAGAUGUUCCAGGUCCGCCUGCCGGGUACGACCACAACCGCCACCCUGAUCGGACUCACCCCCGGAGCAGACUAUAACGUGAUUGUAGAGGCACUACUGGGAGCACUCAAACACAAGAUUCUGGAGCAGGUCGUCACAGCUGGAAACACGAUCUCGGACGUUGUUCCAUCCAAUAAAGACAUGUGUUACGACGCCUUCACUGCGACCUACCAUGAGGUCGGAGGUGAAUGGGAGCGUCUGUCUGAGACGGGCUUCAAGCUGUGGUGCAAGUGCUUGGGCCUGGGCAGCGGUCACUUCAGAUGUGAUUCAUCCAAGUGGUGCCACGACGGUGGCGUCAACUAUCACAUUGGAGAGAAGUGGGAACGCCAUGCUGAAAACGGUCACCUGAUGAGCUGCACUUGUUUGGGGAACGGCAAAGGAGAGUUCAAGUGUGACCCCCAUGARUCCGUGUGUUAUGAUGAAGGCCAAACCUAUCAGGCAGGCAGCCAGUGGCAGAAGGAGUACCUGGGUGCAAUCUGCACCUGCACCUGCUURGGAGGACAACAGGGGUGGCGAUGCGAUAACUGCCACAAACCGGGCUCUGAUGUGGAUCCCGGUCUUUUCCAGCCCAUCAGAUACGGAGAAAACACGCUGAGAAAACACAUCAACUGCCCCAUCGAGUGCCUCCGACCGGGCCUGCUGGCCGAUGGCAUCGCUACCCAAACUAAGAAAUAAGGGAUGGGCCGCUCCCUGGCCGUCCCGCCGCUGCACUGUCUCACCUUAUGGAAGCCACGCCGUCUGUGGGAACAAGUGUGCGCUCUCGCUCACUUCCUGACUCGUUUAUUUUAUUUUACCAGCCUGCUGUUCAUCUCGAUGGUUUCUCUCUACCAGUCUGUUCACUGUUGUUUCAACUUUUCAAGACUCAUCACUUUUUACCRUGAAAUUAUGGUACUUAGGAUUUGUUACGGUCCAAUUUAUACAGAUUAAUUUGUUUUCUAUUAACAUGUUCAUCAGAAAUUAAAAAUGUCAUUCUGUUCUUUGAUUUUCUGUUCCGUAACCUUUUAUUGGCUGAAAGGUUUCCCUAAUAAUUUAACCUCUGAGUGUCUGAAUCAGGAUGAGAGUUUGAGCCGUUUUAUUUUUGUACGUUGUUGACAAAAAGAAGUGCCUUAUUUUAAUAAAGCUGGAGAGAUCCUGA